AUGUUGAUGAGUGCAUAUCAAAUCCAUGCACUAAUGGAGACUGUGUGAACACACCUGGCUCUUAUUAUUGCAAAUGCCAUACAGGUUUCCAGAGAACACCUACAAAGCAGGCUUGCAUUGGUAAGAAGGCCAAUACUUCCUCAAUUACUCGUGCUUAUAUUUGACCUGAGUUUGAUCUCCCCCAGAUUAUCAAAACGAUUUUGAAUCGCCUUUUCAGCAAACGGUGACAGUGAUGUAGUAUUUACAAACCCUACACAAAUCUGGAAUGGGAGUCCGUAAAAUGGUUGGAUGGUGCCCUGUACGCCUCCUUCUGGCGCCUGCUGCAGCCAAGCUGGUGCCAAAUGUAUCGCUGUACUUUCCUUUGGACCAUAUCAGUGAGACCGACAGGGAGGUCUUGUCAUUUGGGCCAGCCCAGGACCUCCAUACACACUGUCCGGGCUUGUGCCCCGGAGUUCAGUGCUACUAACACAGCAAAAACAAUGUGGGAAGUAGCAGUUAUGAGUCACCAGUCUCUGCAGCCACAGCAGGCGCUGUAAUUCUUCAGCGGUUCAUCUUUCCCCCAGAGGCACACACUAUUGUCUCUCGAGACAGAUGGAUGCUAACAAAAAGAAAGAAAAGAAGUGUUAUUACAGGAGCAGAUUUUCUCAAAUCUGCUUGCAUUUAAAAAAUCAAGUGAUUGUGGACAGAUAAAAUACUUGAUAUUUGGUAUAUAUUAAAGCUAUAGGGUUCACAUCUCAAAUGUACAGGACACAAUCUAGCUAAAUUUAGCUAUGUGAGUUCCAUUGCACUAAGUCGUGGGACAGUGGUGGUGUCAAGUCUGGAUCUGUAAACAGAAUUCAAACAUACUGACAAACUGCUUCAUGUUUGCUUUCCAACAGCAAAAUUGAAAAAUAUGAUUUUCAUUAAGUAAGGGGUAUGUAAACCUGAGGUUUGGCCCAGUGGUCUGAAGCAGUUUGUUGUUUUCUCCUUGAAACUAGUUGAUAAUUAUAUUGUUAUUAUUCUCUGUUUCCCCCCACCCCUCUCAGAUCUUGAUGAAUGUAUCCAGAACGGCGUGCUUUGUAAAAACGGCCGAUGUGUGAACACUGAUGGAAGUUUCCAAUGCAUUUGCAAUGCUGGAUUUGAACUAACUACUGAUGGGAAAAACUGUGUUGGUAUGAGAUAA